UUUUUUUUUUUUUUUUUUCUUGUGGCCAUUGGUCAAUUUCUACAUUCCAUGCUUAUGUCUGUGCUCGUAUCCAUGUCCAUGUCCCAUGAACCCGGACCACAUGCUUGCCGAAUGGGACUCGGCCCUUCGCCAACCGCUCGAGCACUUGGCUUGCUACGAGGAGUGGCUCCAGCGCAUUGAUCCUCAGUCAAGUUUCUGCAUGGCUUACCGUGCCCAGCUCAAUAGCGUGGUUGACAAGAUCAAAAUGGCUGCUGAAAACUACCAGCAACCUCGCAACGUGUUUCGGCGUCUGAGCAGUAUGGCCCGUGUGGCCAUCAAGCGUCGCUCCUCUGUCCAGGUCUCGCCUUGGGGCUCCCCAUCCACCCCACAGACACCCACCACUUUCAGUACCCCUCUCUCAGCCGACUCGACCGAGUCCUGCGACAUGUCCCUGAUUACACCUACCACUACCAUUACUACCACGGCUACUUUCGACAAGGUCGAGACUUCGCAGUCUACUGCUACUUCUCCUAGGGUCUCACUGCAAAUCUCCGAGACUAUCAUUCAGGAGCUUCCUAUUGCUGACAAUGACCUGGCAAACGGCGCCAAGGCAACGAAAUCGGCGUUGUCUUCUUCUACUCUUGAUGGCAAUACCAAGCAGGAGAAAAGUCUCCCUGCCAUCCUAGGAGCUGCCUCCAUCACCACGAUGGAGAAGACCGAUUCCGAAAAUAAGGAGCUCGCAACGCCUAUCGCAGAUACGUUCCUUGUGCCGGUGAGCAGCUCGAGGCAGCGCCGGGCAUCGAAAUCCUCAGAGCUGAACAACGAGAGUGCCGGCACUUUGGCAGUUGCUAUGCUGGUCGUAUCGCCUUCCUCUGAGGUGACCUCGUCUGUGUCGUCCGUACGCUCGUCCAAGGUGCCGCUGUUUUCAGCAGAGAAGCUCAAUGGCGGAGGGAUGUUUGCUUCCCGACCACACGUCCACCCUUCGUCCUCGCUCGCACGGCGGACGUUUUUGGCGGAGAGGGAGGCCCGUAAGGCCACGCUUCGCAUCGGCACCAGCAUGACUAUCCAAGCCAAGGCCGAGAGCUUGCAGUCGCCGACGUUCCCGGUCAAGAAGGCGUCGAUCGAGAAUUUGAGGAGGGCCUCGAUGCCGAUGACGAAGGGCUACAAGAAUAACAAGCCCCCACCAGUCAAGUCUCUGAUCGGCUUUUGGGAGCAGGUGUCCGAGUCCCUGGAUGACUGAACACUCUGUUUCCUUACAUGAAUAUACCCCUCACUCUCUAGUACACCCGCACCCAAAAGCAUCAGCCAUUGCUCAAUUCUGUUUAGCCCUGUCUAGUUGACGCGUCUGGCCCAUUUAUUCAUCCUAGUCUCCUUGGCAAAUAGAGUACACCACUAAUAGUUUAAUUGUAAUAGAGAGAGCUGUUGUUAUUUUUCU